UGGUCUGAGGGACAGGGGGUCCCGCAGGCAGAAGACUGACUGGCGGGCUAACUGACUGCGGCGGCCUCCGGUCCGGACGCGCGGAGCGGAGCCAUGGCCUCCGGUGGGUAUAACCCAUAUAUAGAGAUAAUUGAACAACCCAGACAGCGGGGAAUGCGUUUUAGAUACAAAUGUGAAGGGCGAUCAGCAGGCAGCAUUCCAGGGGAGCACAGCACAGACAACAACCGAACAUACCCGUCUAUCCAGAUUAUGAACUAUUAUGGAAAAGGAAAAGUGAGAAUUACAUUAGUAACAAAGAAUGAACCAUUUAAACCUCAUCCUCAUGAUUUAGUAGGUAAAGACUGCAGGGAUGGCUACUAUGAAGCAGAAUUUGGACAAGAACGUAGGCCUCUAUUUUUUCAAAAUUUGGGUAUUCGGUGUGUAAAGAAAAAAGAAGUAAAAGAAGCUAUUAUUUCAAGAAUAAGUGCAGGAAUCAAUCCUUUCAAUGUCCCUGAACCACAGCUGCUUGAUACUGAAGAUUGCGACCUCAACGUGGUGAGAUUAUGUUUUCAAGUUUUCCUCUAUGAUGAACAUGGUAACUUGACGACCACUCUACCUCCUAUUGUCUCUAACCCUAUUUAUGACAACCGUGCUCCUAAUACUGCAGAAUUAAGGAUUUGUCGUGUAAACAAGAACUGUGGAAGUGUCAGAGGAGGAGAUGAAAUAUUUCUACUCUGUGAUAAAGUUCAGAAAGAUGACAUAGAAGUUCGGUUUGUGUUGAAUGAUUGGGAAGCAAAAGGUACCUUUUCACAAGCUGAUGUGCACCGUCAAGUAGCCAUUGUCUUCAAGACUCCACCAUAUUGCAAAGCUAUAACAGAACCAGUGACAGUAAAAAUGCAGUUGCGAAGACCUUCUGACCAGGAAGUUAGUGAAUCUAUGGAUUUUAGAUAUCUGCCAGAUGAAAAAGAUACUUACGGCAAUAAAGCAAAGAAACAAAAAACAACUCUACUUUUCCAGAAACUGUGGCAUGAUUGUGCAGUUAAUUUUCCUGAAAGACCUAGACCUGAUUCCAUGGGAUCAACUGGUGAAGGAAGAUUCAUUAAAAAAGAAGCCAACUUGUUUUCUCACGGUGCAGCUUUGGCAGAAAUGCCUAGGUCUUCAGGAGUUUCAAGUCAAGCAGAGCCCUACUAUUCCCCGUCUGUGACCAUCCCCAGUGCGUUGCCACAUCAUGCAUCAGCCAUACCCCCGAUGGUGCCUCAGCCGUCUUCCAGCUGGUCCUCAGUGGCCCACCCCACCUCAUGCUUGGUCAAUACAAAUCCACUGAGUAGUUUUCCAACAGGGACACUUCCCUCUAAUUCACAGGGUAUGCCACCAUUCCUAGAAAUGCCUCUUAUGAGUGCUUCUAACGCUUGCCUUUAUAGCAGUACUAAUGACAUAGGCAGAAUGGAAGCAUCAUCUCUGUCAUCAGCUGACUUAUAUGGUAUUUCUGAUGCCAACAUGCUGCCUAACUGCCAUGUGAAUAUGAUCACAACCAGUAAUGACAGCAUGAGGGAAACUGAUAAUCCAAGACUUGUGAGCAUGAAUAAUGAAAGCUCCUCACGUAACUCAAUUUUAGACGCAAGAGACUUGAGACAGCUCCAUCAGAUGUCCUCUUCCAGCAUGUCAGCAGGCGCCAGUUCCAGUACCACUGCAUUUGUUUCACAAUCAGAUGCAUUUGAGGGAUCUGACUUCAAUUGUACAAAUAACGGCAUGAUAAAUGAGUCAGGGUCUUCAAACGCUACUAAUCCAAACAGUCAUGGUUUUGUUCAAAAUCAGUAUUCAGGUAUUAGCUCUAUGCAGAAUGAGCAAUUGAGCAACUCAUUUGAAUUAGACUUUUUUUCCAGUUAACUUGUAAGAUUUAAAUAUGAUUCAAGAUUUAAAUCCUUUGGAAUGUUUGCAUCCAUUUUAAUGUUAUCUGUAUAGAUGCAUAUUUCUCUGACCAAGACUAUAAUGUAGGAGGUUUUUGAGGAUUUGGUUUUUCAAAUGAUAAUGCAAAAAUUUCUUGAUUACGGAGAAGUAUAAAACUUUGGGUGUGUAGGGGAUUUCUUUGACAGUCAUCAGUCUUGGCUCUGGAGUUCUUCAGAAAAUUUUUAAGGAUGUAAAUAAAAGAUGAAUGUUCAGUGCUGAAGCUGCCACUGAGAAAGAGGGAUGAAUUCAUUUUACAACUUCAAGAAAAGCUAGAAAAGGUUGAACAUUUACAGACAACUUUUGCUUCAAGAAUAGAUAAAUCCACACAAACUGAACUUCUAGGCUAUGAUGCUGUGUGGAAUCCUAUGUGCACUGGAGGUUUAUUUAAAUUAGUACAUAUUUCAGCCUACACACAGUCAUUAUUGACCAUUGGCAGUGUAUAAUGAAUCUGUGACAUGCUAAAUAUUGAAAGAAAUCAGUUUUUCCAAAUUAAAAAAAAAAAAACCCGAAUAAUUUUGCAUAUGUAGAAUACAAAGUUGGAAACUGCCAGAAAAGGAACUUUCCAAAACAGAAAUUUAAAAGGCCUUUAGUGUUUUCUUCUUUUGAAACAUGUGACCUGACACUGUGUGUGAUAGGAAUUCUGUCUUUAGAGUUUCACCAUGUUUCCCCAGAACAAAAUGAAGAGAACAUUAGGAUAAAACUCCAGUACAUGUUCCAAUAGGCUUUUUUAUAUUUCUUUUGUAAUGUAUUAAUGUAUUCUUAGCUAAAUGAAUUAACUGAUAUUUGCUUUUAAGCAAAUUUAAUGUAAAACUUGUAA